AUGUCUUCCGAUGCAUUUACCAGGGUGUUUUAUCCAUCACACCGAUUCGUCAUUAGCUGCGGAACAGUUCCUAUCGACAUUACUCACGGAAAACUCCUACUCAUACGGAAGCGCUCCACCAACGGGAUCCUUCUCCCCAAAGGACGCAAAGAUGAAAACGAAUGCUUGAAAACAGCAGCUCUGCGGGAAACAUUUGAGGAAACUGGUUACUCUGCAACAACCCUGCCGCUGAAGCUUCCCACACACGCUACAAAUAGAUCUGGCAACGAAUCACACUCAGAACCUAUUGCCGUGACCCAGCGUGGAAGGGACCAUGUCCUGAAACUCAUCUUCUGGUAUGCCGCAAGUGUGAAUUCGCAAGAGUUGCCUAAAAGAGGUACACAACAAGAAGGAGAGGACUUUGAGUCGAUAUGGAUGGAUUGCAGACCAGCAGUUGCAGCUUUGUCCUUUGCAGACGACAAAGAGGUUGCUCAGCUGGCGAUACAUGCGGCCUACCACGCAUACUUCGGCCUCGAGGACGCAUCAAGUUCUUAG